UUUCAGAUUUAGACAAAUUUAAAAAUGAGUCUGGCGGAGUUACCGUGCUACACUAUUAUCAAUGUUCCGUCUGAUUUUGAGACACCAAACGAGAUUCAGCUCAAGAAUGAUCUGGAAAAAGGAGAUAUCAAGGUUAAAACUGAAGCUCUGAAAAAGAUAAUUUACAUGAUCUUGAACGGGGAGAAGAUACAGAACAUGCUCAUGAAUAUUAUCAGAUUUGUUCUGCCGAGUCAGGAUCAUAUGAUAAAGAAAAUGCUUCUAAUCUUUUGGGAGAUAGUUCCUAAGACCUACCCAGACGGUAAACUCAUGCAGGAGAUGAUCCUGGUCUGUGACGCCUAUAGGAAGGAUCUGCAACAUCCAAACGAGUUCAUUCGAGGAUCUACACUCAGGUUCCUGUGUAAACUGAAGGAACCGGAGCUACUUGAACCUCUCAUGCCGACUAUUCGUUCCUGUCUGGAGCACAGGCACUCAUAUGUUAGGAGAAACGCGGUGCUCGCCAUCUUCACGAUCUUUAAGAACUUUGAUUUCUUGAUUCCUGAUGCGCCGGAGCUCAUUGCAAACUUUCUGGACAGUGAGCAGGAUAUGAGCUGCAAGAGGAACGCGUUCAUGAUGCUGAUUCACGCGGACCAGGACAGAGCACUGUCCUUCCUCUCCACCUGUAUGGACCAGGUUCAGAACUUUGGAGAUAUUCUCCAGCUCGUCAUUGUCGAGCUCAUUUACAGGGUGUGUCAUCAGAACCCGUCAGAGAGAUCAAAGUUCAUCAGAUGCAUUUAUAAUCUUCUCAAUUCUAGCUCAGCAAGCGUCAGAUACGAGGCUGCUGGAACCCUAGUUACUUUAUCUAGUGCUCCUACAGCUGUCAAGGCUGCAGUCUCAGCUUAUAUCGAUCUGAUCGUUAAGGAGAGUGAUAACAAUGUUAAACUGAUCGUCCUGGAUCGAUUGAUUGCUAUGAAGGAUGUUCCCUCACAUGAGAAGGUUCUCCAGGAAUCUGUGAUGGAUAUAAUGCGAGUUCUCGCCUCUCCUGAUCUUGAGGUUAGACGCAAAACUCUAAAUAUUGCAAUGGAGCUGGUUACCUCCAGGAAUAUUGAGGAGCUGGUUCUUAUCCUCAAGAAGGAGAUCUCUAAGACCCAGGGGGUUGUGGAGCAGGAUGAUAACGGAAAAUAUCGUCAGUUAUUGGUUCGAACCCUACACUCUACCUGCAUCAAGUUCCCAGAUGUUGCCUCCUCCGUGAUCCCGCUGCUCAUGGAGUUCCUCUCAGACAACAACGAGCUCGCCGCCAUGGAUGUUCUCAUCUUCGUCCGGGAGGUGAUGACAAGAUUCAGCAAUCUUCGUCCGAUAAUCGUGGAGAAACUCUUGGAAUCUUUCUCUUUGAUCAGUAGUGUUAAGAUUCAUCGCGCUGCUCUUUGGAUCUUGGGAGAGUUCUGUGAGAAGAUUGAGGAUAUGAGGACCUUCAUGGCGGAGAUCAGACAAUCCCUGGGAGAACUCCCUCUAGUAGAAGACGAGAUGAAGAAAGCUGCUGGUGAAGAACCUCCUGGAGACGAAGGUGUAUCCUCUGCACCUGCAGGAUCUACGCAGCGUCUUGUAACAGCUGACGGAACUUACGCAACCCAAUCUGCGUUCAGCUCCAACCCGGAGAGUGUUAAAAAGAACACCGAAAGGCCUCCUCUACGCAAAUAUCUGAUGGAGGGAGACUUCUUCAUUGGCGCUGCCCUGGGUAGUACACUCGCUAAGCUCGCGUUAAGGUUUGCAAGCCUGGUUCAAGAUGAGAAGAAGGAGAAUAAGUUUAAUGCUGAGUGUAUGUUUGUAAUCACAACAAUCAUGCACCUGGGAGUAUCAGGGCUCCCGGAGAAGAAGAUCACUAAAGAUGAUUUAGAUAGACUAAACCUCUGCCUCAAGGUUCUGUCUGACCGGAGUUCUAUCCUGGUUCAAGUAUUUACCUCGGAGUGCCGGGAUGCAUUGGAACAAAUGCUGGAGGCUCAGCUCCAGGUUGAGACUAGCGGAACUAAAGGAGAGAAGAAGACUGUAGCAGUUCAACCGGAUUCUCCAAUCAACUUCCUCCAACUCUCCAAGUUUGAUAGUUUAAUGGGAGCAGGAGAUGUGUUGGAUCUAUCCCUCUCCGCUGCUCUGGGUACAGGCAAAAUCAGCAAUGUAGAUUUUGCCACCUCGAAGUUGAACAAGGUUACCCAGUUGACUGGACUGUCCGACCCAGUAUACUCCGAGGCCUACGUGAACGUGAACCAGUACGAUAUCGUCCUGGAUGUGUUGAUUGUGAACCAGACCAGGGACACCCUGCAGAACUGCACCCUGGAGCUCGCUACCCUCGGGGAUCUCAAGCUGGUGGAGAAACCUCAGCCGAUAGUACUUGCGCCGAACGACUUUGCCAACAUCAAAGCUAACGUGAAGGUGGCCUCCACCGAGAACGGAAUCAUCUUCGGGAAUAUUGUGUACGAUGUGAAGGGUGCUGUUAGUGACAGGAAUGUAGUUGUGCUGAAUGAUAUUCAUAUUGAUAUCAUGGAUUAUAUUGUUCCUGCAACCUGUACUGAGACAGAGUUUAGAAGUAUGUGGGCAGAGUUUGAAUGGGAGAACAAGGUGUCCGUAAAUACUACCCUGAGCAACUUGAGCGAAUACCUUGCCAGCCUUCUCAAGAACACCAACAUGAAGUGUCUGACUCCGAAUAAAGCUUUGUCUGGAGAGUGUGGAUUCAUGGCAGCUAAUCUUUAUGCAAAGUCAAUAUUUGGCGAGGAUGCCCUUGCUAAUGUCAGCUUAGAGAGGAAUCUAUCCAAACCCGAUGCACCUGUCACCGGUCAUAUCAGGAUAAGAGCAAAGUCCCAAGGAAUGGCUCUCUCUCUCGGAGACAAGAUCAAUCAAUCCCAGAAAUCUAGGCAUAAGAAACCAACCGUGGCUCAGGGUUAAACUCAACCCUGGCUAGAGCUGAGUUGGAAUCCAUUCUCAGCUGAAUUUUACAUUGGAUCAAUAUAGUUUUUUAUUUAGUUCCGAACCAGUUUUAUCGUGAUCAUGAUGAAUUCAAGAUUUGUUUUCUAAAUUCUAUGUAUGUAUUCUGGAAUUCAUUUUAUUAUUAA